AUAGUGUACUGUAGUGGUAAUUAAUUUGUGACAGAGUACAUACAAAACAGUGUUCAUUUCUUUUAAUUUUAUUUUACUUGAUUUUAAAUGCAAAUAUUAUUAAUACACUAGGUUAAAAAGGACUAUAUUACUUAUAUUUUUAAAUAAUAUAGAUAGAUGAAGCCUAAUUGAAACAGAAACUUUUAAUUAAGUACCUGUCAUUCAAUCAUAUGUUAUUAAUUAACGAUGUCACUGUUUGUUUACUAAUGACAAAUUUCGGGAAUGUUUAGUGGAUUUAACAUUUUCUCGUAAUGAAUAAAUCCGAAUCAAUGGAACAGUCGUCAUCUAAACGACAAGAAAAUGGCGACGCCCUAUCUGGUUCAGAGCGCCCACUCAAAAAAGCCCGAUUUGCAUGGCAAGUCAAAGGAAAAUAUCAUUUGAAAAACGACAAUAACGAUGCUACACAGCCUUCGACAAGUAUAACCCGUGAACAGGAGGCAGCUGGACCUUCGACAGAAGCUGAAGUUGCCUCAGUGGAUCUGGUUGGCAAUGCUGAACAAAAUCUUGAAAUAUUAGGUGACUAUUUAUUGAAACAAGACUUUAACACUCUGGAUUCUGUGAUCGCGGACUCUGAGAAGUCCCUUUUAAACCCAAGUACAAGCAUAUCAUCUGAAAGUUUGCAGUAUCCAAGAUAUGUUACCUCUUAUGAGAACAGUAGCCCAACUUCACGCAGUUUCAGUAGUGCAAAUGAACUUGAUUUAAUAUCAAUGUCUAUGGUGCAGUCCUACAGUGAAGAUCAAUGCAUAGCACGAUGGCAAGCAAAACAGAUGGCUAAAGGCUUUGUGGAUAAUACAAUAAACCGUGUAUUGGACUCAUGGUCACGGCCACCUCCAGUACAAAGUAUGGAGAGGUCCACAUUUCUGGCUCUCGAUAUAGCAGAGUUUAUCAACAACCUGCCUGGAGACAAUAGUGUCGAAAAUGAAGGGAUACUCAUGGCAAUAUCAGCCCAUGGCUUACAAAACACAUCAUCAUCAAAUUCCAAUGAUAGCAUGUUGCCUGACAACAAUGUCGAUGACAAUAGCAAUAUUGCUCCAGCCCCUGAAGAAGACACUUUCUUGUCAAGGCCUUGUUCUCCUACUCCACCGGCCAUAGAACCCUUUGUAAGGAGAGAAAAUGAGGAUAAAACUGCUUGGCCGUUUCCUAAAGAAGUGGAUGGAGAUGUUGACAAUGAACUUGCACAAUUUGCUAUUUAUGACUCUUCUUUUAAUGAAAAUGAGCACAGUUCACCUGUUGAUGAAUACAGUGUGGAUAAUUUUUCAGGAAAUCAUUAUGAUUUCAUGGACACUGCUGUAUCAUUUGCUAUUCUAAACAAAGGUCUGACCACAUUUGGCAAUGACUAUGGCUAACUGCUAUUAAGCGCCCAAAUCAGCUGAUUAGUUGCAGGUCAGCCAGGUCAGCUUGUUGCAGGAUCAGGGGUGUGUUCUUCAACAUUUGACUGAAAAUAUGUGUUGAUGAAUGUCAAAUUGCCUCUGUUGUUAUCAUUUGGUUGCCAUGUGUAAUGUAGAUUUAUGUUGGUUUCAAUUGUUAUGAAACAACCCAAUUCAAAAUAAUCUUUAUUGUAUAAUUAUAAUUCCUACUUAAAACUCAUUUAUUUUUACAUGAUAAUAGAAAUAUUAUAUCUGAGAAUUAUGUUUAAAGUUUAAGUGGCAUUUAUAGUUGCCAAUGGUAAGAGUUGAAUUUUAUGUGGCAUUAUUUUGUCACUACAUGGAUAUAAUUACUUGACAAAGUUUGUUUAUUUGAACAAUGUACUUCUAUAAAAUAAGACUUAUUAAGCACAAAAUGUAAUGUACCUACUAAUUAUAGAGAUAUGUUAUUACAUAUUCAGUACCUAGCUGUAAUACCAUGUGUAAUACCAUAAGAUUAUUCAGUAUUCUAUUUUAUUGAUCAACCAUCUUAUAUCUAGAAAAACGAAUCUGUAAAUAUGAUCUGGAAUCUGAAUAAUUGUGAUAUUUGUAAAAACGCGAAAGUUUUAAAAUUCGGUAGAGUACAAAAGUUUCAGUUAUGAAACAUAUCAAGUGACUGAGUUUAGGGCACAGGGACUUUCCUUUAGGCACUAGGCCAAUCAUGUACUAAUUUUAAUGAUUAGUGAUAAUGAUAGCACUAAAAUACAUAGCAUUUAACAAUACAUUAUUACUGGAUUUUGUUAGCUUUUUCUAAUAUAGUACAUUAAUGAGGUUAAUCAAAAAUGGUAUGUAAGGAGUAAACUGCUGUGCUGAUAUCAUUUUUAAAAGAUUUUGGAUGUGUCAUUGUUGUGAAUUUGUUUGUGUCCAUAGAACCCAGACAGUACAUACAAUAUAGGCCAUUAAGUAUUGUUAAUUAGGUCUAAUUUUACUUGCAAUAGUGUCUACUACUAAUUAUAAUUUGGUGUCUUUAUAAAUGAAUGGUAGGCUAUACACUAUAUAAGUAGCAGACUGCAAAAUGUUUUGUAAUAAAACAUAGAUUUAUGUAUCGCAAAAGUAAUAUGCCUAGAUUAAGUAAAAAUGUAUGCCAUAAUGACAUUAAAGUCAAUAAAGAGAUACUCAAGCAA